AUACAAAUUACAAAUGAGAAAUAUUUUUCAAGCUAUCGCGUUUCUAGCGGUUGCAAGUUACACAUUAGGACAAGAAAUCCCAAGAUAUAACUCGGCUUGUGGUUUGCUGUCUAAUAAAAUAUACUGCCUCGGCGGUAUAACAGAAAUAGAAGGAUCUUCAGAUAAUUCAAUCAAUGUACUGGAUAUUGUAGCCUACAGUGGAAGCACAGCGGACGAAUUAAGUGACAAGUGGCAGCAUCUAUCGUCAAAUGUGGAUGGCCACAACAUCCAAAUAAUACAACACUCCCAAAGAAUGGUUCUUCCAGACGGAAAAAGCAUGCUUUUAUCGGGUGGGGCAAUUUCCGCUUAUGACCCUUCAACUCCUUCGACGGUUGUUUACCAUUCCGAAAGCAAUUCUUGGACUACUUACCCCGAAUAUACCGAGUUGAAUUUUGGAAGAAGACAAAUAUCAUGUGCAUCGACAGUCUAUGUUCCAAAUUACGGAGUUGGAGUUUAUGGAGGACUCGAAAGCUUCUACAACAGUAGCUGGACCCACAAUGGCCAAAAUAUGAGUUUAUUCGAGGACGAAACAUACAGUAUGAGGUUUAUCGGCUACACUAACCUCACCUUUCUGGAUUUAAAUAAGCCCACAAACCCUUGGUCAAUUUAUCAACCUCAAAAUAAUAUACCAUCCAUGUUUAUAUCGUAUCAAACUUCGAUCUUUGACACUAAGAGCAAUCGUAUUUUCUUCUUUGGUGGCCAAUCAGUUGGAAAAUCAAUUAAUGAUACCACUGAUAUUCUAUUUGAUAGCCUAACUGUAUUCGAUAUGAAAAAUAGUAACUGGACCACACAACCAUCGUUAGGGGGUAAAGCUCCAUCACCACGGACAGAGCAUACCACUACUUUAGUGGGUCCUGCACAAAGAGAUGUCUUACUAUAUGGAGGAGAUAAGUCGAAAAACAAUUAUCAGCCUUGCUUAGAUUAUGCAUUUACUUUUAAUCUUGACACUUUUAUAUGGCAGCCACAAAAUAUUAUAUCUAAACCAAAUACGUUCUUAGCAAGAACAGGACAUUCAGCCAUUCCUGUCAACAAUAAUACAGUAUUUAUUGUUUUUGGUCUAACCAGUAGAACCUCAAUUACUAGCACUAUAUUGAUAUUAAACACAACAACCCCAUCAAAUAUCACCCUAGUAGAAAACUACAUUGACAUUAACAAUGCAAGUGUAUCCUUAGCAUCACCUCACAAGAAACCAGGCGCUGGAGCUAUUGCUGGUACAAUUAUAGGUUCCAUUGGUGGGGCUUUACUUGUAGUGGGCGCAAGCGUCUUUUGGUUUAUGAGAAAGAAGAGAGCCGAAAACGAAAAAAAACGACAAGAACUCGAAGAGCAUGAAAGGCAUCAGCGGAUAGUCGAACCCACCAUGGAAGUGAAUUGGGACGAAAUUGAAAAGAAGUACGUUGAACUGCCUAGCCCUAUUAGUUACAAACAAAGCUAUUCCCCCAAUUUGGCUGAUGAUAUAACUACCUGCGUGGACGGAAAUUCAGAAGUGCAUAAUACAAGCCCAAUGCUGAUACAACAAGGGGUACAGUUUCAGCGUCCAAAUGCGAUUGAUGAAAACGCUGUACCUGAUACCACAAUCUACAAGCUGCAAAAGCCGGAUGGCGGUGCUUAAUGCUUUGUUUUUGAAGAUGUAAUCAUAUACACGACUAUAAUGAAGCUAGUACUCGGAUAUAGCAUAAGAUUAGUCAUAGACAAUCCAAUAAAUCUAAUAUUAAUUCUGUCUGAAAAUCACUAUUCAAUCAAUUUCGAAAU